CUUUCCAAUAUGUCUCCCAAGGGAGGCUUCAACGUCACGACUGAUGUCAAGAGUCCAGUUGAAGUAGACGAGGCAUCUGACAGAAGUUCUAUUGAUGCCAAAAAUCCCUUCAAGAACCCGAAAGUCGCAGAGUAUUAUCGCUAUUUGUACGAAAGCGCACAAUACGAGUCUCGAGAAGCUUUUGAUCCGGAGAUUGAAUGGACAGCCGCAGAGGAGAGAAGUCUUGUUCGCCGUUUGGACUGGCACGUCUGCCUUUGGGCAUGUAUCAUGUUCUUUGCCCUACAACUCGAUCGAGGCAACAUCUCACAAGCUCUCUCUGACAACAUGCUUGACGACCUUGGUCUUACCACCAAUGAGUACAACUACGGUCAAACUUUAUUCAAACUAUCGUUCAUGGCCGCUGAGGUCCCUUCACAACUGAUCUCUAAGAAACUAGGACCAGACAGAUGGAUUCCAAUGCAGAUGAUGCUUUGGUCUAUCGUCGCUGCCGCACAAGCUGCCCUCAGUGGCCGAUCCAGUUUCUAUCUCUGUCGCGUACUUAUUGGUGUCCUUGAAGGUGGUUUCAUCCCGGAUCUCGUGUUGUGGUUGUCAUACUUCUACACCAGCACCGAGCUACCUGUUCGGUUGAGCUUCUUCUGGACUGCGCUCAACCUUACCACCAUUGUUGCAUCACUCCUGGCAUUUGGAAUCUUCCAUCUUGAUAAUGCACAAGGCCUUGCUGGCUGGAGGUGGCUUUUCCUCAUAGAGGUAAAUUCGUUGUUACACGAUCUAACUAGGAUGAUCGCUUAUCAACGUGCCAGGNGCCUUAUGACUUUUGCCAUCGGAGUGGCUUCUGUCUUCCUCAUGCCUGCUUCAGCAGUCCAGACUAAAACAUGGUUCCGUCCCAAGGGCUGGUUCACGGAUCGCGAGGUCAAGAUUGUGGUCAACCGCGUCCUGAGAGACGACCCGUCCAAAGGUGACAUGCACAACAGGCAAGCAAUUACGAUCAAACGUCUGUGGCAGUCUCUAUCGGACUAUGACCUANUCUAUGCUCUGGGCUUGGUCGUUUUCAUCCCUCCCACUCCGGUUACCAAUUACCUGACUCUGACGCUCAGACAACUUGGCUUCAGCACUUUCAACACCAAUCUUCUUACCAUCGUACCCAAUGCGGUCACCAUCAUUACUUUGCUAAGUCUGACUUGGCUUAGUGAAAAAGUCAAGGAACGCUCGUUUAUCGCGGCCAUACAAAACCUUUGGUUGUUGCCAUGCCUGAUAGCCCUUCGCUGGUGGCCUGGUUCGGGCAAAGACGUCUGGGGCACAUAUGCCUUGCUCGUUGUACUUCUCGGCUACCCAUACUGCCACGCUAUCCUCGUUGCAUGGACGUCUCGUAAUGCCGGCUCAGUUCGCACACGUACAAUCUCUGCUGCUGUCUAUAACAUGUCAGUACAAUGCGGUGGUGUCAUUGGCUCGAACCUCUAUAGGUCUGACGACAAGCCUUUAUACCAUCGUGGUAACAUGCAGAUUGUCGCUAUCAAUUGCUUGGCUAUCGCACUCUACGUUCUCGCAAAAGUCUACUAUAUUCUUAGGAACAAACAGAGGGAAAAGAAGUGGAAAGCUAUGAGCCAGGAGCAGAGGAAUGACUACAUACAAAACACGACUGAUCAGGGCAACAAGAGGCUGGACUUCCGCUUUGCUCACUAA